AUGGUAGCCAUGUACCCACCAAAUAUCGUACCAGGUGCCUUGGUAAAGGCUUCCCUGGCACACUCAUUAAUCAUUCCCCACGUUCUUGCCAGGCAUGUCCUACGCCGCGAAGACCCCAACGCCUUGGACGAUAAAUUUACGCCUUAUCCAAAUCUGGUCGCUGAUAUCAACGAUGUUUCUAUCAGACUAUCACAUCCAGCCCAGCUCUAUGGGUGGAACGGCUGCAGCUCGGAUGAACAAAACGCUAUUAGUGAAGCAUAUCGUGAUUUCGACCAUUUGGCCAACCAACCAGAUGUGUUCGCUGAUAUCGAUUGGAACCAUCAGGCCGCCAAAGACUUUUGGGGUCCGGUCAAGGGAGAUGGAAAUGUGUCCGACAAACGAAAGGAAGAAAUCCAAGGGGCUUUCAAAUCCAUGGGGCGGAUCCAUAGGAACUGGUUGGUUGUAGCGGUAAUGCCGGCAGCAAUGACCCAGAAAAUAUUUGGCAGCCAGCCUCUCCAUGGAGAAGAUAGAAGACUCUUUGCAUGGGGCGAUGCGAGAGGGGACUUCAGUAAGAUCGUCUUUUGCAAUAAAUUCUUCAAAGACCUGCCGUCUUCGAACAAUGCUACUUCGGAGGGGAAAUUCAAGUCGAAGGGGCUUCAGGAUAAUCUCGAACAUUGGGAUAAUAGGGGUCGGGUGUUCUUCCAUGAAGCUGUCCAUAUGGCCAGUUUGAUAUACCCACAAGACAAAACUCCAAGCGUGGAAGAUGCUGAAAUCAAAUUUAAGGAAGGUGACAAGACAGCGACGAAUUACGCGUAUGGUCCCUACUACGCAAAGCUCCUCAGGAACUGGGUUCAAAAGGAUAAGGGAGGCUUCUAUACCCAGCGCAAUGCCGAUUCAUACGCCUUCUUUGCGCUCGCAAAAUAUGUAGAGAAGCAAAUAAACCGUUAUCCUCAUUUACCUACACCAGGCUCCAAAAAGGUAGAAUCCGAACCCCAAAUAGCCGGGCAGACCGCCAGGGAUAGCGAUGGCAAGAGGGCCAGAUAUGUCCCUCUCCAUACACGGGGAGGCGACGAUGGCUUGCUAGGCGAUAAGGAGCUCGAAUACAAGGAUCAGCACAUAAAAGAAUUCUCCAUCCCAGCAUGUCCCGACUUUUACCCGCAAAGCUCCAAGCCGAAAGCAGAAGGGAAGAAGCCAAACCUUGUAUGCGACAACAAAUCACCAAGCAAAAUCCCUCGUAUCUACCUCGUCAAUCUAGUCAACCAAAUCGGCCACAAGUUUUGCGAGGCCGUUGAUAAGGAUAGGAACAAGCAGUUAACGUGGAACGUAUCCACCAAUGGAGAAGAGAGGAAGGCGAAACGAGGAUUUCCGUUAUUCCUUUGGGUAUUCCAAAAUAGCUUCAACCCAAAACCCUGGGCCCUUGAAUUAAGCUGGGAGCCGAAGGAUGUUAAAGAGAAAUGCCAUAUCGAAUGCAAAGAUGCCUUCCGGACCAUGUUCUUAGCGGAUUGCGAUGGCCAAAGACCUGGUUUGGUCGCAUCCGCGUCUCUAGAUGCAGAUUGCGGGGUUUUCAAGUAUAAAACGAAGUAACUUGAGGCUCUGACGGCCGGCGGAGAUUUCUUUUCUCGAGUAACCAGUGAUUUCCGAUCAUAGCUGAUGAUGGUAAAUCAAGCCGCGAUAGAUGUGGGGUAUCUAUUAGAGUAAUUUAAUAUGAGCCAUUGUUGUAUUA